CCAGUGACAUUCUGGAAUGAAAUGGAUAAAUCCGGGCUCCUAGAUGAGCUUGUUGACCUACUGACGCAAUGUCUGUCGGAAAUCAAGAAAGCCGCAAAAAGUGGUGGUCUUUCAUGGGCUGCGCCCGUGCUUACUCGUGUUGUCUCUGUUCUAAAUAUGAGCGAUCGGAUAGCGAAGUGCAUUCAUGCGAAACCAAACGAAAAUGUGUCCACUGAAGCAUUACCAACUACGUGGGCCGCAGUAGAAAACUGCACACAGCCAUGGGAAAUGGAUGAAACUUGGCGAAUUUUCCUGCCGCAGUGCUCCCCUUUCACAAAGAGACCUCGCAUUCAGUAUACCUCCGGCGUCAUCCCUUAUUUAGAGGGUGUCGAUGCUCACACUGGUUUCACCAACGAUACGAACUUCAUGGCCCAGGACGGUCAAGGAAUUCUCGUACCGCCUAAGAUUUCUUAUAUGCGUCCUAGAGAACCUCUCGUUAAUCAAAAGUUUACUUGA